AUGACGGGGUCGAUAGCAAAUCCCGAUUUACCACAGCCACCUACUGGCAAGUACCCAGCUAAAGCUCACUGUCGGCGCGUCGCCAAGUGGAUAGCGGAACAUGGGGGUCCUACAUCUGGAGUCCUCUAUCUCGAAGGCAGAGGGACGGAGAUGACGGAGGAUGAACACAGGCAACGCCGCCACUUCUAUUACCUGACGGGCUGUGAUCUACCGGACUGCUUCUUCGCGUACGACAUUACGGCAGACAAGAGUACCCUCUGGAUCCCGCCGGUCGAUCCAGAAUACGUAAUGUGGGCCGGCAUGCCUUUGCUGCCAGAUGAAGCUCUUAAGCGCUACGACGUGGAUGCGGUCCUUACCUCAGACGAGCUGACGUCUGGCGCAAGCCUUACGCAGAUGCUACAGAAGCAGGAGACCGUGGUCAUGGUCAUCAAGGACCGCGCUGACCUAGCCAUCUUCCACUCCAAGAAGCUAAGGGCUUACAACCCACUCAUCAACUUCGACCAUGCACGGCAGGGCAUUGAGGCCUGUCGAGUCGUCAAGGACGAGCAUGAGGUUGCCAUGAUUCGGCACGCAAACGCAGUCUCAUCCUACGCUCAUGAACGCAUAUUAGCAUCCGUGAGGAGCGCAAAGAAUGAACGCGAACUCAACGCUGUUUUUGUGAUGCACUGCCAUGCAAACGGCUGCAAGGAGCAGGCCUACGGGUGUGUAUGCGCGUCCGGAACUAACGCCAGCACACUCCACUAUGUCCACAACGAUGUGUCUUUGGAAGGGAGACUGAACCUGCUUAUCGAUGCUGGCUGCGAGUACCAGUGCUACUGCUCUGAUAUCACACGGUCUUUCCCACUCAACGGCAAAUUCACGACCGAGAGCCGGCAGAUAUACGAGCUUGUGCUGGAGAUGCAGACGAAGUGCAUGGGUAUGAUCAAGGCUGGAGUUAUGUGGGAGGACUGCCACAUGCUCGCUCACCGGACAGCCGCCGAAGGACUGCAAAAGCUGGGCAUCCUGAACAAGGACCUGUCACUACAACAGAUCAUGGACUCAAAGAUCACAUGUCGCUUCUUCCCUCAUGGCCUGGGCCAUUAUCUCGGCAUGGAUACCCACGACGUUGGCGGCAAUGCCAACUACGCCGACGAGGACGAGUGCUUCCGCUACCUCCGCAUUCGUGGAAAACUCCCCGCCAACUCUGUUGUGACCAACGAGCCUGGCAUUUACUUCCGCGAGUUUCCCUUCAAAGCUGAGUUGAAGGAGGGCAAGUGGGACGGCAUUGUCGAUCAAAAGGCACUGGAACCCUACUGGGAAGUUGGUGGUGUCCGGAUCGAGGACGACAUCUUGGUGCUGGAAGGCGGCUGCGAGAAUAUGACAACAGUGAAGAGCUCUGUUGAGUAUAUCGAGACGGCUGUGAGUGCUGGAUGA